AUGUGUUUUCUGAAAUGUGCAGGAUUAGUGGUGUCUCCAUCACGAAGUCCGACUUCUGCGGCCAACAGCCAGACGUCACUAGCCUACAGCCCGGCUUCACCUUCGUAUCUUUGGUAGUAUUAUAAGCAUCGAACUAAAUAAUAUUAAAUAAUUAAUUAAAUAAUUCGCACAGGUAUAGCCUUAAGGCGUCACAAUCGUACAAUAGUACGGACGCGAGUACAAGGCAUAGUUCGUAUAACGAACUGAUACUCAUUCACAAUGAUCCGGUGAGUGACGCCGAUUAUGAAACAAUUAUUAGUCUGAUGUCACCGUCGUAAGUAUCUUUGACCGUACCGUAACUAAUAUUGUUCAACAUUUUUAAACAAAAUACUUAAAAAAAAAAAAAUUUGGUGUAGACAUAUCGUGACUUCAUCUAACGUUUUAAGUACUUACAAUUUAAAAACAAUUAAUAACAAUAUUAUUUGGAGUCGGUUAAAUAGUUUGUAUAAUAAAUAUCGAAUUAAAUAAUACGAUUAUUCACGUAUUACAAGUUAUGUAUUUAAUAUAAUUUCAUAUAGGUAUUAUUCAUAAAAUACUUUAAUUAAUAUCUCUCUCUUGGUAUUCAACCCUUAAGGUUGGUUUUGCAGUUGGACAUGCGCUCUCCACUCUUCCCUGUUCCCAGCUAACCUCUUCAGUUCGGCGUAGCUUGAUAGUCUAGCAUCGAAAAUCAUUUGUUUGAAAAAUGAAGUUCUUGGAAGCCCUUGGCCUCUNAUCGUCUUGCUCUGAUGGUUUUGAGAAUCUCUCUGCUUUCAUCUAUUUCACUGAGUAUGCUUUCGUUGGUACGGUGUUCUAUCCAACUCACUCUCAGCAUCCUUCUCCAACACCACAUUUCAAAGCUUUCGAGUGUUCGUUGUUCUGCCUUAUUCAGAAUCCAUGUUUCGCAGCUAUAUAGUGCCACACUUCAUACAUACACUUUAAUGAAGCGUUUCCUCACUCUAAUACUCAUGCUAUUGGAGCAUAACAAAUUUUUCUUAUUCAUAAAUUAAUAUCUAUUAGCAUACAUUUCUUUAUUCAAUGAACAUAUUUAACGCGUAUUCUGAUUUCUAAUAAAAGGAAUAUUGUUUAUACUUUUAGUAAAAAAAGAAAAAUGUGUUUUUUUUUUUUAUUAUUUUAAGGCAAUAAUCCUUUUUUGAAAUUUUGUGGUCUUUCUUAUUUCGUCUUAACCAGUUUUGUACUAACAUAAUAUUAUAAUAUAGUAUACAAAUAUUAUUUAAUAUUAUUUAGCUUGCGCCCGACCAGUGAAAGAGGUCUGGACACGCCAAUGAAUGUUACGGGCCCCUGGAGUACAGGCCUUAAUGCGUCAUCGUCGUACGACAAUAUUCUGUCGCCAAGUUCGUACAAUAUGACUUAUUGA